UCAAUUGUAGCAGCGGCAGCGACAAGUGCAGCUAGCAAAGUUGCAGAGUAAACGCCGCUCAACUUUGGCGUCUGGUGGUUGGCUGUCGUCGGCGAGGGGAAAUCUUAUGUUGGAGCUUGGUUGAGGGGCUUGAGGUCUGGUCUGUCUAGAGUCUCAGUCUGGCCAGUUGUCUGGUUCGUUGUACUGCCGCAGCGACGCUGGCAGCGCAGUGGCGCACACAUUGACGCUUCUUUGAGCCGUUUCGAAUUUGUGUUUUGGCCAACACAACGCGAAAUCAGUUAACAAACGGACGCGUUUUGAAACGGAUGCGCAACAGCAGCGACUCGCACUCGAUAAAAACAAAAACGAAAAAGCCGCAAAUUUCCUGCUCCUCAAUAGCCAAAGUGCGAAUGACUCUUCGGUGUUCGGGGCCCAAAGUGUGACUCGUCUCGGCACGUCGGGCGUCGUCGUUUAAAAGUGAAAUUCACUGAAUGAAAUGAAAUGAAAUGUUUGCCAGCCCCAUGCAAUUGCCAUCGGAACUGGGAAUGGGAUUGGGUUAGCGAUAAAGCCCCUCUGUGAUUAAUAUUCACAUCUGACAAUUGCAGCAGCAGCAGCCAAUGGAAAUGAGUGCAACUUAAACGCAAAGUGAUUACCAUAAUAAAAAAAUAAAACAAAAACAAAAAUCGAAUUGGAAAGAAAAGGAUUAUACAUAGAUCAACAACGAGUCAAUUGAGUUUCGUCUUUAUUUCCAUCUAUUAGUGCCCGCGUUGCAUGAUAACCCGCACCGUUUCACGAUGAUUAGCGAACGCCACAAAACCCUCAAUUUGGUAACAAUAUUUUGUUGCUGGCUCUGCCUGCAAGCCACCUGCCCCGCCCCCUGUGCGGCUGAUGAGGUGUUUGAGGUCUUGCCACUAACAGCGACGAUGACGACGUCGAAGAGUGGCAGUCAUCAGGAUGAAGUGAAUGGCUUGGUGCUUGUAACGCCCAAUGCGACAACAGCACCACGCCUGGACCCGAACAACAACAACGAAUGGCGCCCACUGGGCCAUGGGGAUCCACUGCAAAAGGAUCCCACCUAUGAUUAUAGUCCGCCUGCUCUCGAUCGUGUGCGCUACUGGGCGGAGAACAAUGUGAACAGUACUCAGGAUGCCAGACAGAAACUGCCAGCGGAGCUGUUGCGCAACAAGACAAAAAGCGAGAUUCUGCUGUUGGGAGUGGCUGGCGAAAGGGAACGUUCCAGAGCGAAGCAGCAGCAGCCAUUGUCCUAUCAGGGAUUGGGUUUAUCACAGCAACAGCAUCAGCAGCAGCAUCAGCAGCAGCAGCAGCAACAGCAAAAGCAUCAGCAGCAGUUGAAAUAUGCGCCCAUACGUCGGAGCUAUUAUGCGCCACAACAAAUACAGCAGCAUCAACAAAUGUUGCAACAACAACAGCAACUAAUGCAAUACAUGCCACACACACAUUUAAUGCCACCACCUAUGAUGAUGAAGGGCAUGGGUCAUGUGGAGUAUCGUCAGAGCUCACCCAGCAGCUCCUCCUACAUGAGCAUGAAUAUGGGCGGCAGCUAUACUAGCUCCUCCGGCAGUCACAGCAAGCCAGUCGUUAGCUCCACGCACUAUUAUAGCAGUCCCGCCACAGACAGCAGUGCAUCCUGGUUGACCCAUUCGCCCAGCAUGACCAGUAUGCCUUCCCGCAUGAGUUACGCGGAUGGCCAUCAUCUGGAGUCCAUGCAGCACUACAGCUUCUCCAGGCCUCAGACCACGGGGAGCUAUGCACCCAACUCAAUUCAUACGCAUUCUAUGGGCUCCAAGCAGGCGCCGCGCAAGCCCUGGCUCCAUGAGCUGCUGCAGAAAGAGCUGGUGAAGCCGACGAUGAAGCAGCGCAUGAAACCAACAAUGCCAGCCACCAAGUAUCUAAUGGGCACCACCAAGCCACAGCACUUGAUGAGUGCGUACAGUAGCUCCACCCAUGCACCAACCUUAAGCUAUAGGCCGGUGACCUUUGUGCCCGGUCCACCCACCAUUGCCACGCCUACCACAACAAGCGCACGCCCAGAAAUAUAUAUUACGCCAACAACACUGACGCCCACCAGCUCAGCCAGCUACGGUUUCCAACCCAUGCUCGUCUCCAGCUCCAGUUCGCCAACAAUAAGAACAACGGCGACAACGACAACGACACCGCAACCCAUCUAUCAGCGACCACAGACUCCGACAACGAUAAGCAGCAGCACCCGUCUGCUGAUCCCACAGACAAGCAACUUGAAGCAGCGACCGACAGUGGCUCCUGCACCAGAACUAACCACAGAUGCUCUAUUCUCACACUAUAAGCAGCCACCGAAGCCGCUGCUGGGACCCAUGUAUCUCAUUAUCGAGGGUCACUCCAAGGUGAAGACCUAUGGUCAGAACGAAUUGGAUCCGCAUAGUCCCAAGAUAGUGCCCGUUAUCUCGAAGCGGGAGCCGGUGGUGAGGAUUGCGGAUCCCAGCGAGAAACGCGGCACAGUCGAGACCUUUCAGGUCAAGCAUUUGCAUACAAAGACAAUGCCCAUAAUGACAACAACAACGACAACAACAAGCCCAUCAACAUCAUCAACAACGACAACAACCACUGCAAAGACUCCAACUGUGAUUCCCACUGCGAUUCCAACUGCGAUUUCAACUCCAGCUUCGCUUAGUCCCAGCACUAAACAGCAGCCCAGCGGUGUUGAUGAUCUGCUCAGCUUGCUGGACAACAUGUUUGCCGAAGCGCAUGAAAUUGCCAGUACAACAACAACAACUCCUUCCACAGCAACAACAACAAUCAUGUCCACAGCAAGCAGCGGGAGCACUCGACUCAAACCGGUGACAAUGAAAAUGAAACUGAAACCACAGCUACCAGAGCCGCGCAUUGGCAGCCAGGCGGGUAGCAUUGAGAGCAGCCUGCUGGAUGCUGAGGAUGAGGUCAGGAAGGGUUCAGAGAUUGCGACCAGCACCGAACCUGAACAGCCACCACGUGCCACACGACAGAUCUUUGACUAUGAUCAAUUGCCCGAGUCUCGCAUCAAGGCCGAGUCUAAAGACGAACCUGACUACGAGCUAGAUGAUGAUGAUGCUGAUACCGAUGAUAAUGAUGAUGAGCUGUUGGAGGAUGGCGAACUGGACAAUCUGGGCGAUGUGAGCGAAGAUGAAGAAACGUCAGAUAGCGAACAUAAUUUACUCAAACGCAUCGAUAAAUUUGUCGAUGAAGUGGAUGAUGGAGACGAUGACUUGGAUGAUUUGAUUGAGGGUCUCUCGCCUGGCAAUGACGAAAACGAUGAUGAUGAUGAUUUUGAUAAUGAGAAUUCUCAGCCGCAGCAUCGUCAACAUUAGUUAUAUAUUUUCUUAAAACUGUGCUCUAUACCAAAUCUAUCAGAACAAAUUUUUCUCACACUUAAAAUGUUUUACAUGUAAAUAACUAAGCUUUAAAGAUUGGAUCGAUUGAUCUAACGUUGUUAGUUUUUAAGUUUUAUCAUCCAAAUACCAGAUGAGAACAAUCGGUUUUCUUGUAUUGUGUCGUUCGUACUGUAUUGUAAUUUAAAUUAAAUUAUUGAAAAUUUCUGUUUUUAGUUGUUAAGUGUGCAAUAAUUGACAAUAAACAAAUAAUUUAUGUAAUAA